AUGUCAGUGGCACAGCCAGACACUAAAACUACUACCUCCACCACCUUCACCACCAAGAAUGGCACAACGACGGUGCAUUUGCCCUUUCUCGAACUCGUGAUUCGACAUGCCAAGCAAGGGAUUGACCAAAUCAAGACCUGGACAACUUGGGAACAACCUCAAAAUGCCGUCCUUGCUCUUGCAUUCUGGUGCUUGCUGUGUCUCCAUUUCUGGACCGUAUUGAUUUACAUUGUGCCCUUGCUGCCUCUUUUAUGGACGAUGCAACGGUGGCCAACACCAACGACUGAAAAAGACAAGGAUAGCAACCGUAAUAGCAGCAGCAGCAGCAGCUUGUAUCAGCAACAUAUUGAUGUAUCAGUGAUCGAUUGCGUGGUUGCCCUUGAGAACAUGAUCCAAACAGCAGUGGAGUCCUUGCAAUGGGAAAAGCAUCCAAACAAGACCAAGAGGAUGUUCCUUGUGUUGGUGUAUGCAUAUGUAUGUUGGGUGACAGCACAUCAGCUGGUCGAUACGUGCCAUGUUGUGAUGGUUACGGGCGUAUUGGUGUUGACUUGGCAAAGCCCAUGGAUGAUAAAAGCACGCGAAUCUGCAAGAUACCCUUUAUCCAUUCUCACCGCCAUUUUCCUUGGUUCGGUCCAGACCCAUUCAGACACUUGCAGCUUGGCACACCAUGCAUUGGCUCAUCAAGAUAAAGUGAUGCGACGAGCAACCAAUAAUCCAGACUUUGUAUUUGUUUUGGUGGAAAAUCAGCGUUAUCUUGGACAAUGGCAAAGCCCUAGUCUUCCAUUCGACUUUGCUCCAUGGACCGAUGAAGCAGGCUUUCCACUGCAACCGAAAUCAACAUUUGCUCUUCCUUCCUCAGUGGUUCAAACAGUAGCAGCGGAUGCCGAAUACAAAAAGACCUGGACAUGGCAAUGGAUGGAUCCCGAAUGGCGUUUAGAGGAUGAUGAACAAGGCAAACGUGAUGAACUUGGAUGGGAAUAUGGUACAAUGGUGUGGACAAUGUUUGACCGGGUCAACAAGGGAUGGCUCUCAACUCGUCGUCGUCGUUGGAUACGUCGUGCUACCAUUGAAUAUCGUGUCGAGGUGACCAAUUCUAAACUCGCUUCCACAUCUUCACCUUCUUCACCAAGACCUACUUCUAUUAUUACAACAUUGGAAUCUGCUGAUACCAACCAUGCUAUAAUCAACAGCAACAACAAUCAUCAACGUCCACCAUCAACAUCUUUCAAUCAUUCAUCAUCUCCUAUCCAAUCUCCAACAACACAAGCCUUCUAUGUCGAUAGUGUUACCAGCCCUACUGUUAGCCCUCGCACGAGUACAGCAUCUAUUUUCAGACAAGAAAGCGCACGAAGAGACACAUUUGGAAUUCCUCGCAUGAGUCAAUCCACAAUUACCGUGAAUGAUCAUAAUAACAGCUCUUCUAUCACACGCUCACGAUCCACCAGUCUUUAUUCAACACCUGCCAUUGGCGAUAAUACCACCACUACUUCACUCGCUUCGACAGUAUCGGAUAACAACAACAAGCGUAUUAGCCGCGAGCCAUCCAAGAAACGACGUGAAGCUGUUUGGAAAAGUAUAGUGCGUACUUGA